GUGUGAAUAGUUCAGUGAUGCAGUGAUUGGGUGGGUAGGUUAUGGAAAAACAUGAAGACUUGGGUCUUUUAGUCGGUGGUUACUAGUGGAGAUGACGUAAAUGUCCCAACUUGCGAGGCUAAUUAUGUAAAAAGCAUAUGGUUUCCUGUGAUGCCGAAGACACGAGGGAGGAAGAUGCCACAUUCUAGGGGCUUGUCCAUUAUGCCUGACAACGAAUGCUUUAGAGCCACGUAGUUUCAACACCAGGUCCAAGCUUAACAUGGGUGCACGUCCUGUUUACAGAACAUACCCUCAGAGUUCUUCGUGCAAGCCAUUCAAUUCCUCUCUUAUUCCUUCUACUCACUUCAUUAUAAAAAGAUGGAGAAUGCAGUUUCUUCUUGUAUCGUUCAAAAAGCAGCAAGAUGAAGAUGCAUACAGCAGCAGCAUUGGCACUAUUCCUUGGCCUUUUCUUUGUGAACUUCACUGGUCAAUGCUAUGGUGCACUGGAGUAUGGGUUCUACAACAGAAAAUGUGGAUUUCUCAAUGUUGAGUCUAUGGUGUCCAGGUUAGUAGCUGCAAAUUUUAACCAGGACAAAACUACAGCUGCUGCUCUCCUUCGCUUGCAGUUCCAUGAUUGCUUUGUCAAUGGAUGUGAUGCAUCAAUACUGCUAGAUGGGAGCUCAAGUGAGAAAACUGCUCCUCCAAAUCUAAGCGUGAGAGGAUAUGACAUUAUUGAUGCAAUAAAGACAACUUUGGAAUUUAUCUGUCCCGGAGUCGUAUCUUGUGCUGAUAUCAUCGUUAUGGCUACCAGAGAUGCUGUUUCCUUGAGUCAAGGAGGGAGGUACGAAGUACAAACAGGGCGAAGGGAUGGUUUGGUAUCUCUAGCUUCCAAUGUCAAUCUCCCAUCACCUGAUUUCACAGUUUCUCAAUCCAUUAAUGCAUUUUCUCAGAAAAAUCUUAGUCCAACAGACAUGGUUUACCUUCUCGGGGGUCACACUAUUGGGAUAGCACAUUGUGCCUUCUUCCAGAAUCGUCUCUAUAAUUUUAACAAUACUGGGAAGCCUGAUCCUACCAUGCCUGCAUCGCUACUUGCAGCGUUGAUGAAUACCUGUCCGCAGAAUUCAGCAAGUUCCGGUUUUGCUAAUCUCGACCAGAAUCCUGCAAGUGCAAACAUUUUCGACAAAUCAUACUACAAUCAAAUAUUGUCGCGUAGAGGAGUCCUUGAAAUAGACCAAGAGUUAGCUCAGGACCCCCAGACAAGAGGCAUAGUGAUGGCAAUUGCUUCUGGCAAUAGCUUUUUGACCAACUUUGGUAAUGCCAUGGUUAAGUUGGGAGCUCUAGAAGUCCUCACAGGAACGCAAGGAGAGAUCAGGAGAUCUUGUCGAUCGGUCAACAGCUGAUACUGCUUUCAACAUGCAUACUUGAUAAAUGAUUCAUCACAUUUGUUAUCUUCAUUUCUCUUCAUUCUUUCAUUUUGGUUCUAUUUUGAGUGACUCUGUAAUUUGGAAUGAAUUCUGAGUGUGUUGUGUAUUCAUUGUAUUUUGUCGUUGGAAUUUUGAAAUGAUUGAUUGAUC